GCUCUGUCAAAAUAAAAUAAUAAAGAAAGAAAAAUAUGUAUUCUCGCAAAGCAUUUUUGUGUGUUAAAUUUUCCAUUGUGCGUAGAGAAGUAAAGCAAGAAAAGUUCGUCAAUUACAAAAUUCUAAAUUGAAUAUAAGCAAUAACUAGUUCAAUAAUUCAGUUUAAUUUGAAACAUUUAAUUAGCAAAAAGGUUGAACGAAUAAUUGCCGUAAGUGUAAAUAAAAAUCUAUUGCAUCUGAUCGAUAGCAAUAGGUACGGGCACAAAACAACUGAAUAACGCUGUGUAAUCAAUCAGUCAAUCGAUUCAAGCUGGAUGCAUUUAGCGAUUACGAUAGAGACGAAUUUCACAUAAGAGUCGAAGAUGACUUAGAAGUGUUCCAAAAACAAUGUGAUUUGAAAUCCGACUGUGUAUUGUUGUUUCCUCCGCUAAACAGUUAUAGACGUUUUUUGAUUCAUAAACUAUGUGAAAAAUUCCCUUCACUAGGGUCAUUCUCUAUAAGUCAAGGCUACAACCGACGAGUAUUGAUUUAUUCUCGCGCUAAUACAAACUGCAUUAUAAACGCAACACAAACAUCCGCCUGCAACGAAAGACAUAACGAAAAUACGAAAAAGAAUUCACACUCAAAAGGCGGAAAGUACUUAAAACCGAAUCGGUCCAGCGAUACAGCGCCGACACCAACAACGAUGGGCAUCAAAGAUCUUGAUGCCUUGGCUAAAACGAUAAAACCCUUCCGCCACGACAUUUGUCAAAACUCUUGGAGUAAUAACGGUGAAGAAGCAGGUUCAUCGGCUGAUACAACGGAUCUAUCCCCCUCGCAAAACCAUUCGAAUAACCAAAGACAACGAACAAAAAGGCCGGAUAGAGCUGUAUAUAUUCCACGUGGUCGUCGCAAUCAGACAUUACCGCCCACAGCACAGAUAUUCAAUUCUGGUGUUGCCUCCAAAACGGAGGUUUUCGAUAGAGAAACUACAAAUGUGAUUACCUCCUCGAAUCUAGCAUCAUCACCCAAUCAAAAUAGUGCUACAUUUGAAUUGAAGCAUCGUGAUCUAGUAAUAGACACUAAAGGAUUGAUUCUUCACGACGAAAUUACUGCUGAACCUAAUUCAAAACCUCAAUCACCGAUAGCCAUUCAAGCAGAGAAAGCACAAUUGCAGAAAAUCAAUACAAUUUCAAAUAUGGCUGAAACAAACAUUAACAUCAAGUGUGAAGGUAAUAAAAUCGAGGGUGCACUGAAUACUUCUGAUAAAGACUACAAUGAAGAGAGAGAAUUUCAAAGAGCGUCGAAGGAAAUAAACCGCCGUAAUCGACGUAUCAUCAAGCAGACGUUUGAUAGUGACGUUUUGGAAAUAAAUGAAACACCGUCGGUAAUAUCGAAACAAUCCCCACCUGAAACAGAAUCAAAGUUAGAGAAAAAAACAAUUUCACCUCAUGCUGAAGCGCAAUCAAAUGCCGAUUCGACCACACAAACAAAACGAACGGAAGUGUGCGAGAAAAAGACUGCUACUUCUGAGACAGAUGACUGGGAGUCCAUGUUUGAUGAUAAUGGCGAAUGCCUGGAUCCAAAAGUCAUGAACGAAAUCACGGCUAGCGUUGGUAAGGUUUCAAUUACCAAGCCGAAAAAUGAUUACAAGAGCUAUGAAGAGCCAAUCAAUUUGGAUGAAGAAGAAUUCCCGCACGUAUUAGAGAUUUCCAAUUUUCCAGUUGAAUUUAAGACACAAGAUCUCAUGAUGAUCUUUUGCGAAUAUAAGGACUCAGGUUUUGACAUAAAAUGGGUUGAUGAUACUCACGCAUUAGUGGUGUUCAGCAGCUCCAAAAUUGCUGCACGAGCGCUGAACACAGGUCAUCCAUUUAUUAAACUGAAACCUCUCACUCAAGCAACGGCCGAAUCGAGAGCAAGAGCUAAGAAAAGUGCAUUAUUUUUGCAACCGUAUCGUCAGCGUCCCGAGACGUGUGCGGCUUUGGCACGUCGUUUGGUUACUGGUGCAUUAGGUGUGCGGUUGUCCACUGCCCGAGAGGAACGUGAAAUUGAACGGCGCGUGCUGAAAGAAGCCAAAGAGCGAAAGCUGUUGGCAGCAAAACUGAGAGAUGAAGCCUGGGAAAAUUAGCGAAUUUCUCAAUCACUUACCUGUACAUCAAACAUUACAACGACAUUACAUAUGGUUCACGAUUAGUUCAAAAUUAUAAAUUAAACUCAAAUUCGGUCUCAAGAUGAGCACCCAAACGCCAAAGAAUAUUUUCUUCUACCCUGGUGUUGGCAACUUGUUAAAUUUCUCUUUGCAACCAUUGUAAAAAUUCAGAAACCUUUUGAAAAUUUGAGAUAUACACAGAAAAAAAGGAAAAACAUGUAUUUUGUAGCAUAUUAUCAACAAUUAUAGUUUUUUCAGUAGCAAUAAGUGAAGAUAAGAGUUAUAAAAAUUGAAGUGAAAGAUGUAUAUUUUUUAUUCAAUAUAGAUUUUAUAUAUUUAACGAAAA